GGAGAGAGGUUGAGAGUAGUCUGGGAAGUGUAGUCCAGCUGGCCUGGCAGAAGAGUCGUAGUGGGCGCCGAGGUUCUGGGAAGGGGCUGAGCAGCCUUGAAAAGAGCUAAUAGUUCACUGGGUCUGGCCUUUGAUGUUGAUUUCAACAUGCUGCGACGAAAACCAACCCGCCUGGAGCUGAAGCUUGAUGACAUUGAGGAGUUUGAGAGCAUUCGAAAGGACCUGGAGAACCGUAAGAAACAAAAGGAAGAUGUGGAAGUUGUAGGAGGCAGUGAUGGAGAAGGCACCAUUGGGCUCAGCAGUGACCCCAAGAGCCGGGAACAAAUGAUUAAUGAUCGAAUUGGUUAUAAACCCCAACCCAAGCCCAACAAUCGUUCAUCUCAAUUUGGAAGUUUUGAAUUUUAGAGGUGGACUAUCUUGUGUGCCAGAGCCCUGGAAUGGAGUAAAAUGAUGGCAGAAGUACAAACAAGAUUUGGAGAAUCGAGUGCUUGUAGUCAAGCAGACUGUUUGACCUCCUGCAGAGAAAUAGUUCUGCAUGAGAUUAUCAAUGCUUAAUUUGCACUCUAAGCUGAAAUCCAAACUCGUUUGUCUCUGGAAAAUUUGACUCUGUAAAACUUGUCUGAUUUUUGUUUUUAAAAAUAAAUAUAUUUUUAGAAAAGUGUGGACAUCCUUAAUGAAGUAUA